AGAGAGUGAGUUGGGAAGUGGCAAGAGUCAGGCAAGGCUUCUGGAAACGUUAAUGGUCCCAAGCAACAUGCAGGGGCUCCUCUUGUCCACUCUUCUCUUCACCGGGCUGGCGCAGUUGUAUGGCAGGGCACAGGGCUCUGGGCCUGGAGAGGCAGCGGCAGGACGUCAGCGAGAACCACUCUGCCACUGGCCCUGCAGAUGCCCUCCUGAGAAGCUCAGGUGCCCUCCUGGAGUGAGCCUGGUGAGAGAUGGCUGUGGCUGCUGCAAAAUGUGUGCCAAGCAAGCUGGAGACCUCUGCAAUGAGGCCGACCUCUGUGACCCACACAAAGGGCUGUACUGUGACUACUCGGCAGACCAGCCUAGGUACGAAACCGGAGUGUGUGCAUAUCUUGUGGCUGUUGGAUGUGAGUUCAACAGGGUCCAUUAUCAAAAUGGCCAAGUGUUUCAGCCUCACCCCCUGUUCAGUUGCCUCUGUGUGAGUGGGGCAAUUGGAUGCACACCUCUGUUCAUCCCUAAGCUGGUGGGCAGCCACUGCUCUGCAGCUAGAGGAAGAAAGUUGCAUCAGUCAGACUGUGGCCUGGAACCACUGCAAAGGCAGCUCUCAGCAAGCUACCAAACAAUGCCAGCUUAUAGGAAUCCCCCACUAACCUGGAAAAGAAAAUGUCUUGUGCAAGCAACCAGGUGGACCCCGUGCUCCAGGACGUGUGGGAUGGGGAUAUCUAACAGGGUGACCAACGACAACCGUGCCUGUGCCAUGAGAAAGGAGAGGAGACUGUGCUACGUUCAGCCCUGCAGCACGCAUGUGACAGUGACAAUAGCAGAGAUCCCCAAAGGGAAAACAUGUCAGCCAACUUUCCAACCUACUAAGGCUGAAAAAUUUGUUUUUUCUGGAUGCUCAAGUACUCAGCGCUACAAACCCACUUUCUGUGGAAGAUGCCUGGAUAACAAAUGCUGCCUCCCCAGCCAGUCUAAAACGAUCACUAUUCAGUUUGACUGCCCCAAGGAAGGGUCCUUUAAGUGGAAGAUGCUCUGGAUUACAUCCUGUGUAUGUCAGAGAGACUGCAGGGAGCCUGGGGACAUAUUCUCUGAACUCAGGAUCCUAUAGAGCCAGACAUAGAGGAAUUACUUCACGGUUUAAAAGAAGAAUGUCUUCCAUUUUCUUGCUGCUGUUUU